UGGGAAGAGACGGGGCGGGCCGGGGGGCGGCCCCACGCGGGACCACAGCCUGCCAGCUCCUGAGCCCCAGACCUGCGCCCUCUGCCCCACGCCAUGGACUGCGGCGUGAUCACCUCCAAGACCGUGCUGUUGCUGCUGAGCCUCGCCUUCUGGGCAGCAGCAGCAGGUCUCAGCUAUGUUGGGGCAUAUGUCAUUAACACCUACAAGAGCUAUGACAACUUUCUGCAGGACAAGUAUGCUCUGUUGCCAGCCAUGAUCAUUAUUUGCAUUGCUGUGAUAAUGUUCAUCAUUGGGUUGAUCGGCUGCUGUGCCACCUUCCGGGAGUCUCGUGUUGGUCUAGGGCUGUUCUUGGCCAUUAUCCUGAUUAUCUUUGUUGCAGAAGUAUCUGCUUUUGUCCUGGGAUUUGUUUACAGGGAAAAGGUAAAAACUGAUGUGCAAGGCACAAUGCGCUCAGUCUUUGAGAAGUAUGAUGGGAAUAAUCCAGAGUCUACUGUUGUGAAUUACUUGCAAGAACAGCUUCAUUGUUGUGGGGUAAAGAACUACAGCGACUGGACAACCACCCAGUGGUUUAACUCCACCGGUAACAACAGCGUCCCACUGAGCUGCUGCAGGCAAGAGAUGAAGAACUGCACAGGGCAUCUGGAUCAGCCACAGGAACUCAAUACACGGGGCUGUGCCGAUGAGCUGGAGUCUGGGCUGCAGAGCGUUAUCAGCUACGCCAUGCUUGUAAUCCUGGGGUUUGCCAUUGUAAAGUUCUUUGGCAUGCUGAGUGUCUGCGUGCUUACUUGCAGGAGAGAAGACAGUGGAUAUCAGCCUCUUUACUCGGGGGUGUUUGCUUAAUAAAAUGCAAAGAUCACUUUUUUUUUUUUUUGCUUCCUGAUGAUAAAAUAGACUUGUAAAGAUGAAUGCUAAAGGACGAUUUAUGACCUUCUUGCUAAGUAUUUUACUUUAUGUAUAUGAGGUGGGAAGAACGUUGUGUACUGAUUUGGGAAGGUUUCUUGUGGGUGAUGUGAAAUGGCAAUUUCAACAUUCAGUGCCCCACAGUAAUGUACCCUGAUGUUGCAUAUACCACAACUUUAUGUAGGUUAUUGUAGAUUUGGAUUUGUGACUUUAGAUAGCACCAGAUGGUGUAACAGACUCCAGAAAUAAUCUUUCUUCCGAAGUUCUUUCCUCUACCCUUAAACCAUGGAAAAGAAAUGGUAUUUUUGAUCGCUGAACUGAGACAGCAGGAGUGGUUUCAGUUGUCCGCACAAGUGUCAGAUCAUUCCCAUGGCAUGCUUAAUAAGCAAAAGAAACUUUAGAAUGCCAGGUUCAAAUAUUCUUCAUAAACAUGAGGAGUUAGAGUACGUUUUCUCUAUAUCUCAUGGUGCUUCUAUUAAACUCAUAAUUUUUAAUUUUUUUUUCUUUUUUUCCUCCUUCUCAUGGUCAUAUGUUGUAAUUCAGUUUCCAGCAGAGGUUGUUGGUGCAAGACAACCCGAUGUUGAAAGUCUAGAAGAGGAAUUUGAGUUGGGUUUUGAAGCAGCUAGCAAAUGUGAACAUUCCCAGGGUAGGAGGGGGAUGUGUGUUUUGAGCUUUUUAGCUCAGGACAUCUCUCUUUAGCUUGUUUUUUUAAAAUUAUUAUUUGACAUUAAAAAUUGCUUAUGAAGCAGGGGGUUUGAAUAUUAUUUUUUUUCUUGUACUGAUGCUUUUAUGGUUUGUCUACACAAAGACCAUGUCUCUGUGUUCAACGUAGAAGUUGCCAGAGUUAUUGCGAUGCUGGGAGACAGGAGCUACAGGCACCUUGACUCGGUGCGGUCGUGCAGACGGGGCUGGGGGCAGGGGGGGCUAGCACAGCCUUCCCGGUGCUGCUGAAGGUCUGGCCACUUCUCACUGCUAAAAACGUUAAGAUGAUGCAUUCUUGUACUGAGCAAUUUCACUGUUGUCUGGCGACUCGUGCUUUGUUAGUUUUCCUUUCUCCUCUAAGGUUUGCUGAAUGCAGUCACUUCUAGGAUUGCAUCACUGCUUCAGAAAUGGCCUUUUAUCUCAUUUGUAUGUUAAUCUGUUUUGGUUCUUCAGGGGGUUCAGGGGAGGGCGGGAGCUAUGAGCUAUUCUUUGUUAGGGAAUUGUGGAAAAGAAGAGGUUUUGCUUAUUUUCUUUCUUUGGAGAGAUAAGCAGUCUACCUUUAGCAAUAAACCUUUGUAGCUAAUUAGAAGAGAGGAGUUUGGGCUAAGUGUAAGCUGUUUAUUUAUCCCACCCAAUUAUGUAUCCCACCCCACAAAAAAAAAACCAGCCAAAACACCAACUAACCCAAUUUAAAAAAAAAAAAACACCAAUAGCCCCAAUGGCUGAUAUUCUAUAAGAUGUACCAACAUGAGUAUGUUUAUGUUGAAAAGUGACAACUUUUAUUGAGGGCUUUGUCUUCUGUUGAACGCCGAAAUAAACGGAAUUUAUGUAACC